CAACGUCGGCAGCGGUGCAGACGAACACCGGCGCGCAGACGACCAGGGGUCUUGCCCAAGUGGCGCGGUGGGUGCGUGCGCGCUACUCCGUGGGCGUCUGUUGAAAAACGGCUCUCUCCUGGCGUGACUCGCGGCGGGGCAACGUGUUCUGUUCGCCCUCGGGGCUUCCGCUCUCUGACGUUUGAGACGAGGGCGCGAGUCAACGGAACGAAAGAAGAAACCUCCCGAGUCCGCGUCCCGGCCUCCGGAACCACGAGACAUGCCACGCUGCCGACACCGGUGUUCGUCGCCCGACGGCGUGCUCCGCGAGGCGCCGUCCCGCACCCGACACCUGACGCGGCAGCGGCGACCGACCAGUGCACGAUGAGCGGUCCGACCAGACUAGCAGUGGCCGUCAGCGGUCCCUGAGUAGUCGGGCCCGGAGCGAUCUCCUCCGAAGGGGUCGGCGUCGCCGUCGAUCACCACGGGGGACCGGCGACGAGCCAUGCGCGGCGGCGGCGGCGGCGGAGAACCACGAUCCCGGUGCUCCAAGUGCCGCCACUACUGCCGCGCAGGCACCACGUCGUUGGUGUCACACUUUGGGCUGUGCAGCCUCGUGGUGGGCUACUGCAUCAUGGGCGCCUUCCUCUUCGAGUUCCUGGAGGCCGGAAACGAGAGCAACAAGCGGCAGGAGAUGAUGCAGUGGAGGUCCGGCCUGGCCGAGACGCUCUGGGAACUGACCGCUGCUUCGCCGCUGCUCGACGAGGCCAACUGGACGAGGGAAGCCGUGGCGAGGCUACGGCGCUUUGAGGUCACCCUCGUGCAGGCCGUGAGAAAAGAAGGUUACGACGGCAAAGAAGACGCGCAGCUUCAAUGGUCCUUCACGGGGGCCCUGCUCUACUCCAUCAUUGUCAUCACCACCAUCGGCUACGGCAACAUCGCCCCCAAGACCCCCCAGGGAAAGGUGGUGACCAUAUUGUACGCGAUCAUCGGCAUCCCUCUCAUGUUGCUGUGCCUGUCCAACAUCGGCGACGCCAUGGCGCAGAGCUUCAAGUUCUCGUACCGGUACAUCUGCUGCUCCAUCUGCCACCGGAAGGCCGUGCAGGAGGCCAAAGGACGCUAUGCCCGUCGCAGUUUUCACCACCAGCAACAGCAACAGCAGCAUCAACAGCAGCGACAGUUGCAACAGCAGGCCAUGAGUCUGCGCCAGUGUGGCCCUGCUGGACACGGAGCACUGGCGCCACCGCCCAGUUACAAGGAGCUGGGACCCAGUGUGGCCGGACCUGCCGCUGGAAUCGUGGGGGCGGGCUUGUCGGGUGCCUUCCCGUCUCCUCGGUCCGGCCCGGCCCGCAGGCAGGCCGACUUAGAGGCAGCACGAGUGCCCGUCAUCAGCAACAAGUACGCGCUGGGGGACGACUCCGUCAUUGUCUCCAGCCCCGGAGCGCCGGACUUCCGAUCUCAGGCCAGACGCAAUCGCAGGGCAUGGCGCGACGAUGGUGACCUGGCCGAUGACGAGUCGGUAAACACGUUGGACGACGACGAUGACGAAGACGACAACGAGGCCGUCGGAUCCGUGCCCAUCUGGCUGUGCUGCGGCAUCGUGGUGGGCUACAUCUGCGGCGGCGCCUGGCUCUUUUACUCCUGGGAGGGCUGGGGGUACCUAGACAGCGCCUACUUCUGCUUCGUCACGCUCACAACCAUCGGCUUCGGUGACCUGGUGCCCGGAACGGCCCUCUCGGACGACCAGCAGGUCACGCUUGCCGUCUGUGCCGUCUACCUGCUCUUUGGCAUGGCCCUGCUGGCCAUGUCCUUCAAUCUGGUGCAAGAAGAAGUUACCCGGUCGGUGAAGUGUGUUGGCAGGAGGCUCGGGAUUCUAUCGGAAGACGAUGAUGACCGGUAGACCGGUUAAUCUGACUAGUUUUCAAAUGAACAGAUGGUGUCCGCUCGCUCGGUCUCAUGCAAGUUUGAAUCGCAAGGACGACCUUGAAAAGUGUCGAAACUGAAGAUGUACACAGUGGGCCAUGAGAAAGACGUGGCUGCCCGCGCUCUGAGUUCCUUGAGGGGCAUCCUGAUCUCUCGUGCAAGCUGUAAUAAGAGCAGUUGACGACGAAACAUGUCCAGUUUCCAAGAGUGGAGAGUGCAUCGAAGUGAAUAUUGGGAAUGAAUGCCCUGCGUGGAAAGUUUCGAACGAACCUGGGAUCAAAGUGGCCGGUCCUUGUCUUGAAGAUACAAGGCUUUGCGUUGUCAGCCAAACAAGUCAAGACGGCCCCAAGGAGGGAAUGUGAUGUAGUUUGUGCCGUUCAGUUCAGAAUAAUGAGUGCUCAUAAAUUUAAGCUCGUACUAGCGCGCCGUUGACGAUGAACGUCACUGGGAUUUGACUGUUCUGAAUUCAGCCCAAUAUUCUGAGCUGAGUUUGUGUGCCCUUCGGUGCCUUUCCUUUAGUGCUGGCGUCCAUGCAAACGUGAUUGUGAACCACUGACCUUUUGUGCACAAGAGUGGACAAUAUGGACAGCAUGGCUGUUACGGUGGUGCUGUGAAAGGGCUACUGUCUGCCUUAUACAUAUGACUCACCCUAGAAAGCGUUGGUGAACUACAGGAACCAAAAGGCGACUUGUCUCAUAUAUACCUCUUUUUAUUGUUUGUGACGUCACCACAACAUCGUCUGCAGUAGGAGACGAACUGGUCACUAUUUUUCAAAGAGGAGUGCCCUGUAUUUUACAGAAAUAAACGGGUCUUAAAGACUGAGAAUAUUUUGCUUUAA